CAGAGUGGCAGGUGCCGCCGUGGUUUAUCAGCGCAUCUCCGGCGCCCUAGCGAUCGAAUCGAGUCAAUUUCACCCUAAACCCGGGAAAGCGUGCAAGGCAAGAGAAGAGAGAGCUUUGAGCAGCCAGACUUCUUGGACAUUUCUCUGGAUACACUCCGCUGGAACGAAAAAAAAUAAUAAUAACACUUGCCAUUAGGGGCACACUUAUCGCCAAUCCAGAUUGUAACAGAAUAAUCAAGAGCAAACACGAUCCGAGAGAUCUCGCAGCAUUUACCGGUGGGUUCUGUCAAAUCUAUGUUCUGAUCAAAUGUUAGCCGUCGGGCAGAUGGAUAAUCGCCAGAGUGCAUUCGUCCUGAACAGUACGCCGCUAGCUGCGCUUCAUAAUAUGACUGAAAUGAAGACGUCUAUAUUUCCCUACUCUUUGCAGAAUCCCUCGAGCUUCAAAGCCCCGACUCUGGCGAGUUUGAGCGCACAGAUUCCACUGGGAACACCGCACGGAAUUAGCGACAUUCUAGGCCGCCCAGCCGGCUGUCUGCUCGCCGGACUUCCUCGACUGAGCGGGCUUGCCACCACGGCGGGGAUGUAUUUUAACCCCGCAGCAGCUGCCGUCUCCAGGUACCCCAAGCCCCUUGCUGAAUUGCCGGGAAGACCCCCCAUCUUCUGGCCGGGGAUGAUCCAGGGGUCCCCGUGGAGAGACCCCAGGCUGGCCUGUCCAAAUCAAGGUAGUUUAAUUCUGGACAAGGACGGAAAAAAGAAGCAUUCUAGGCCAACAUUUUCAGGUCAACAGAUUUUUGCCUUGGAAAAAACGUUUGAACAGACGAAAUAUUUAGCUGGCCCAGAAAGAGCCCGAUUAGCUUAUUCUCUAGGAAUGACGGAGAGUCAAGUCAAGGUGUGGUUCCAGAACAGACGUACCAAGUGGAGGAAGAAACAUGCUGCGGAGAUGGCCACAGCCAAAAAGAAGCACGAUUCAGAGACUGAAAAACUGAAGGAAACGUCGGAAAACGAGGAGGACGAGGACGAGUACAAUAGACCCCUGGAUCCCAAUUCAGACGACGAGAAAAUCACACGGUUACUGAAAAAGCACAAAACCGCCAGCUCUCUGACCAUCAUGGACCCACACAGCAACAGCCCAGAGAUUUUGUGACAAACUUUAAAGCAAAAAUAAGAGAGAAAUUAUUAUUUGAAGAGCUUCAAAGGCUGAAUUAACCAGGGUAUAAAAACACGUUUAAAAUAAAUCGAUGUUCCACAAGAAAUAAGUGAUCUGUGUUGUACAGCAUAAUGUAUGUGAGAUGUAUAUAUUUUUUACAGAAUAAGUUAUGGAAUUAUCUUGCAGCUUGAUUAUAUCAGUAACGGACUGAACCUGACGCAGACGACAAAACGUUUGGAAGGAGAAGUUUGGAUUUUUUCUUCCCCUUCAUUCUCCUUUGUCCCCGUCCCUUUUUCUUAAGAUUUUCAGUGUUAAGGAAUAACUAUCAGAACUCAUGGUUUUGUAUGAAUUACAGGUUAAAACUGUAGCUGUACAUAUUAUGAUGCACGCUUAUGUUGUAAAAAAAUUAAAUGUAAAGUUUUUUGUGUAUUUACAUUCAAAGGCUAAUAUUUUGAUUUCGCCAGUGAUGGCGAAUUCCUUCGGAGGCGUUGCUGCGUUUAAAGCCAUUAAAUCCUAAAACAACCUCUGAAUAUUCUGUUGAAGACGAAUUGAAGGAAAUAUUAUUGCGUCCACGAGAGUUGGAAAAAAACUUUGUAUUACCAAUAAAUUAUUUAACAAUAUGAAAUCUAGUCGUCAGAAUCCGGCUGGUUUUGUCUACUGAAUGUGCCGGAUCCCUUCUGCAAAAAGGCCAAAUUAUAUUUGGUUAGAAACACUUAUUAUCGGCUAUCUGUGAAUUACAGUCGUAUACCUUCGCGGAUUAACCUAACCAAAGCCGUUAAAUUUCGGGUCCAGGGUAAAAUGAUAACGGCAAUACUAUUGAAGUUUGGAAGCACGUGUAAAUUCAUAGUCACAAAUCCAUUAUUUCUUCGCAAUACACUUAAACGAAAUGACCCCCUUUGAAAUCAAUUUCAAACACAAGUUUAAUUUUAUGGAACUCCCGCUGAGCACACAAGGAUGAACAAGGCUAUUGCUAUGUUUAUAACUGGACUCGGAGGAAAGGGAUCAACAGGUCUAAGCAUCGGAAAUAUUUAGGAUGGAGUAAUUUGAAAUACGGCGAUGGAAUCCACUAUGCCUGGAUAUAACGUGCUCGCUAAAACACCUACAUUUUCAGUUAACCCCGUAAGAUUAGUAAAAAAACAAUGUUCUCGAUGCUGGCACGUUGCAAUUUAAUUACUAGUUACGCUCAACUCUAGUUUAUAACAUUGUUGUACUUCUAAGAAUAGAGUCACGAUAUUGAUUGCUUUUGCGCCUUUUAUGUUUGAAUGGACAUCUUAUAUAUAUAUUACUAUUGCAUGCUGUUUAUGUACGUCCGAUUAGUUAUUUCGCAGCAGAUAAACUCCAAGACCAUUCCAUAAUUAAGCUGAUCGAAAA